UUAACAAAUCGAUUACGUUGUAGUCACCUGACCAUCGCCAUUUGUAAAACAGACACAUACACGAACAUGAAGAAGUUAAAAUGAAGAAUAUGUUAGAACAUUUAUUGUGACAGACAUUUAUAUAAACAUUUCCAGAGAAUACGAUGGAGGACGUUACCGAAGAAUACAGAAAUUCCCUUGCGGAUCUCACGCAAAAUAGUAAACCGUUGAUAAAUAUGUUGACCAUGUUGGCGGAAGACAACGAAAUACACGCUGCCAAGAUAGUUCAAGUUAUAGAGACUCAUUUACAAGAGGUUGACGCGACCAAGAAGUUGCCAACAUUAUACUUGAUCGACUCCAUUAUAAAGAACCUCCCAAAAUCUACUUAUCCCAGUUUCUUCUCGCACAAUAUAGUCAACAUAUUUUGUAAUAUGUUUGAACAGGUAGAUGAAAAGACUAGACAGUGUAUGUUUAAAGUACGACAGACCUGGAAUCAACAUUUUUCCAGUAGAAGGAUGUAUGCCUUGGAUGUUAGGGUGAACAACAUUGACCAUGCAUGGCCACUGACCGCACCACCACCUAGUAUGUCCAGUAGUAUCCAUGUCAAUCCUAGGUUUCUUGCACAGCAAAAAGAAGAGCAAGGUUUACCCUUGCCUGAGGAGCCAGAUGAUGAGGAUGAAGCUGAAAUGAGGAGACAACUGAUUGCCAAGCAAGCAGAAAUAUUGAAAUUACAACAGAAAAGACUAGAAUUAGAACUGAAAGAAACUGAAGCACGUCUCAAAUCUCAGGUAAAAACGCCUGACUCAUCAGAUUCAACUGACUUAUUUGUUGGUGUAGAAGCACCAGCUGAGACAACAACUUCUAUAUCAAGAGAUCCUCGGAUACAAAAAGACCCUCGAAUACAAAAAGAUCCUCGUCUAAGAGAUCCCAGAGUAUGUAGGGAUCCAAGAAUGAGGUCAAAGCCAGCACAGCCUGAACUUCUCCCUAGUAGUGAGGAACAACCUCAGUUGACCUUUUUUGGUCCCAGCACUAAUGUUCCGUUGAAUCAGUUUGGUGGAAGGGAAACAGAGCCUCCGACAUUGUUGAGUGAAUCCGCUAUGCCACCUCAAAUUACACAUCAGCCACCUGUCAUGACUUCUGGUACAGGAAUGUUGCCGUUUCCAAUGCCUAGCGCCUUAUUGCCACGGCCAAUGCAGACCGCUUCACCGUUUUUAUCUGAGUUUGGUAAUCAAAAUAACCAAGCCAUACCAAGUAUGAAACAUGAACCUAUGGAACAAAAUACAUUCAGUCCGAAAAAACAAUAUAAACCAAAGCCUGAUGUAGAAGUCAAAAAGGAAAAAAUUACUCCGGAAAAAGUGAAUUCUAGCCCAAAAGGAUUAGAAAGCACAGUUAAAGUGAAAGUUGAAAAAAGUCUAGGUGUAUCACCAAGAAAAAAGAAAUUAGACCCGAGAAAGGCUGCCAGUGAAACAAGAGUAAAAGAAUCCAAGGACCAAGAGGUAAAAAAUUUAAAAGCAACGAGUAGUCAAAGUCAGGAAAAAGUUAGAAGCACAAAUAAUGACACUAAACCACGCCAUGAAAAUCAUGAUAAGGGCAGAGCAAGAAACAAAGAUACUCAUGAUAAAGGGAAAUCACCUAAUGACGAGGAAAAAGUAAAAAGUAAAUCAAGCCCUAGUGAAACUCAACAUAGUAAAAAUAAACGGACUAGGGGAGACUCGGAACGUGAAAAUCGGAAAACAAGUGAAGAAAGAAAUGGAAAAAGCGAAAGCAGAGAACGAGAAAAUAGUUGGAAAGAUACUCGUAGUCGAAGGAGUAAGUCGCCAAGAAAGAGCAGAGAAAGGUCAAGGUCUCCUGUCAAAGAGACCGUAAAAGGAUCUAAAGUUCAAACGCGUAGUAGUAAAAGUAGAAGUAAGACUGAUUUAAAACAGGACACCAAAACUCAGAAUGAAGAACCCAUGGAAGAAACACAUAAAAUUGAACAUAGAAAACCCAUAUCUAGUUUGCCAAGGAUACCUAAGCGUACCGGUACAGAUGUUGAUGAAAGAAGAAAGGAUAAAGAUCAAGAUGAACGUCGACUUUCUGGUUCCAAUAAAAGGGAUCUUGAUGAAAGACGCGAUUAUAGAGAUGGAGACUCUGGCCGAAACAGUAAAAAAGCCAGAAUCAGUCAGGAAAGAGGCGUUCCUACCAUGGAACCAGUUCACAUUCAUACCAAGCUAAAUGAAGAUUUAAGUGCCUUAUUUGGAAAUGAAGACCAGGAUUACAGACACGCUGAUACAAUUUCGCCCAGAGGAGGUGGGCAGGUAGGAUGGGCAAGAUACAAGGCUGAUCAUCCACAGGACUUCGACAGUCGUAGAUCAAGUAUAGAAGACAUAGAUCAGAGACAAGAUCCACUCGAUCAGAGACACCAAGCACCCAAGGUUCCAAGAGAUACUGAUUUCAGAACACCACCCUUCAGUAGACCUCCAGGUCGAAGUCCUGGUUAUAAUGAACCAGUGCAAAGGAUUGGACAGCCUCCUUCUGAAGAGGAUGUACCACAAGAAUUGAGAAUUGAGAAUCGAGAACAAAUAUUAAGAAAAAUGGAAAUGAGAAGAAAGUCUGGAGAACUUAGUCAUCAGGAACUUCAAACAGUUUUAAGAAGCUUAUCUGAAUUUGAUACUCUGCAAGAACAAAAACGACAUCACCAUCCAGGACAUGAACCGCCUCUUCUAGAACCUGAAAUUCAUAGACGAGAUGAAAGAGUACUGCCACUUAGACAAAACGAGCCUUUGAUGGAGUAUAACUCACCUGGAAAAGCACCUAUUCCUCGACAAAAUGAACCGUUGAUGGAGUACAGUUCUCCUCGAAAAGACAGAAGUCACCAGCAUGAUGCAGAUAUAAGAAGGGACCAGUUUAGAGGACCUGAUAGACCAAAAGAUGACAGGGGUCCAAGAGAGGAACCAGUAAGACCAAGCUUACUUGGACCUGGACCUGGUCCUAGAUUGAAUAAAGAGCCGGAUGUUAUUGGAUCUGAUAGAGACAGACCUAUCCCUGGUCCUGACCCUGCUAUGAAUUUUGAUGUGGACCUCCGAAAGCCCCCUCAAAUGGAUAGAGGCCCACUUAUAGAUAGGAGACCUGAUGUUGAGGUAGGAAGGUCACCAGUAGAUAGACCCAAAGAGGUAAAACCAAGUCUUCUAGGCCCUGGACCUGUUAUUUUAAAGGAGAAAGAACCAUUGAUUACCCCUAAACUAGAUCCUGUCAAACGUGAUGUAGAGAAAAAAGAGAAAGUUUUUAAACCUAAAGAGAAGAAGAAAGAAGGUGCUGGACUGGCUGUAGGAGCAAUGUUGGAAAUGUUGAGAUCAGAAAAUUCUCCAGAUAAUUCACAAGAUGCACCUAUGCCCAAGCCUGUAGUUCCCGAUGCUCUCAAGGCUCCUGCAAAAGAAAACCGUGAACAAAAAACUCAUAGGGGAUCUCAGAAAGAAGAAAGAAGAUCAAAAUCCCAUAGAGAGCAUGGAAGAAAUGAAAGUCACAGAGAUGAAAGGCGUAGAGACAGACCCAGAGAUGAUAGACGUAGAGAAAGGGAUGCUGCAAGAGAUGAAAAUCGUAAAGAUGGUUCUAGAGAUGAAAAUCGUAAAGAUACUCCAAGAGAUGAAAUUCGUAGAGAACCUCCUAGAGAUGAAAGAGUACCACGUCUAGUUCCUAAACCUAUUUAUGACCCUGACAGAGAUGACAGAUGGAUGAUGCCAGGAGGGGUGAGGAUAAAAGACGGAGUACUGAAUAUAUUCCCUGAUGGCACUGAAGAAAUUGUUGUAAAUGGUCAGCCACAUCAUUACAGAAUGGGAGGACCAAAACGUAUCAUUCCUUUUAAAGGGGAUCAGUUGGAAGCUUUCAUUGAACAAACAAGAAGAACGCUUCUUAUAAAUGGUACUGCUGUAUACAAAGUUGCUGACCCAGUGAAGGAAGUUUUCUGGGGCCCAGGUCCUAAUCAAAGAGCUCAAGUAUUUUAUCAUGGAAAUCCCAGGAACAUGUGGAUUGAUGGAUUUUUGUAUAAUUUGCGCAUAGAUGCACCACCUAAAAUAAUUCGAUUCCGUGAUAAGGAACAUACAGUUUUGAUAGAUGGGCGAGAUGGAAUGCUAUUGAUAGACAAAAAAGAAUAUGGAACAUAUGGCGGGAAGCCAAGAUUUGUUCGUUUGGAUGAUGAAAGAGUAGAAAUGAGAUUUACUCCUCCGCCUAAAAAUAUAGUCAUUGAUGGAUUGCAAUGCCAGAUAAGACUUGAUAGAAAAAUUCCUUUUAUUGUAAUGGAUGGUGUUGCAAGGGGUAUUCGAUUCGAUGGACCCCCUAGAGAUGUAAUAAUAAACGGACAGAAGUUUUUAAUUCCCACAGACAGGGCAGUUGAGGUCUGCAUUGAUGGAAUAUUUCAUAUGGUAGCAUUUGGAGGUCCCUCUCAUGAAAUUAUUAUAGAUGGAAAUUGGUAUGAGUUGCAGUUUAAUGGACCCCCAAGAGAAAUAACUUUAGGAAAUCAACGGCUCCUGGUUGGGCUGCCGUGUCCACCACCAGAUGUGAAAAUCUUAGACCCAAUUGAAAAUCAGACCCUUAAAGAACCUGAUGUUGAGAAGAGUGGAGGCAAACGUGACAAGAGACAUGGAUCAGAUGACAGAAACUCACCAUCAUUUGGCCAAAAAAAGCCUGUAUCCAUAUUAGACAUGGAUAUUGCAAAACCUCCAGGACUUAGGAAUAAGGACAGAUUAAAGGGAUCACCUCUGUAUGAUGAAAGGUCCAGAAGUCCAGAUAGUCAUAAAGAUAGAAGACAUAGGAGACAUAGUCCAGACAGAAGAGGAGGUUCUCCACAAAUUAAUGAUCAGUUUAAUGGACCCUCCAUGAAUCAAACUGGUCCACCUCAGCCUAGACCACCGUUUAUACCAGGUCAGCCGUUUAAUCAAGGAGGACCAAAUCAGCCAUUCCAGCCUGGACCCAAUCAACCAUUCCCACCAAAUCAGCAAUUUCCAGGUCCAAAUCAGCCUCCAUUUUCAUCAGGACCAAAUCAAAGAUUCCCACUAGGUCCUAAUCAACCACCAUUUAUGCCUGGUCCAAAUCAGCCAUUUCCAUCUGGACCAAAUCAGAUUUUUCCACCAGGUCAAAAUCAGCAAAUGCCAGGUCCAGGAGCUAUGCCACCUUUCCAAAUGGGCCCAAGGCCUAUGAUGCAAGAUGAGGGUUCUCAGGGUCCACAUCCAAUGUUUCAACAAGGUCCUCAAGGCCAGCCAUUACAGUCUAUGCCUGGUAUGCCACCCAAUAUGCCAGUGAUGAGUCAGUCUAUGCCUAUGCCAGGUCAACCUAUGCCUAUUCAAGGUCCACCGGUGUCUGUUGCAGGUCAGCCGUUGCCAGGUCAACCAAUGAUGCCACCAGGAUCAGUUCCAAUCAGUGUCAUGAAUCAGCCAAUUAAUCCAGGAAUAAUGAGUCAGCCACUUGGAGGACCACCAAAUCUAAUGCCGUCCCAACAGCCACCAACAUUGCAACCUGAGCCAUUGAAUGUGGAGUCUUUACUACAAAGACUUAUCAAAGUCGGUCUGAUUGCACAAUCUGGAGAAAAGGCAAAAGAAAAGGAACAAGAAAAAGAAAAGGAAAAGGAGGAAAAGAAAUCAGAGAGUGAAUCUCCACAAAAGAAAGAAGAAGAGUCGUCAGAUGGGAAAGAGAAAAAGAAGCCAGUGAGACUUAAACUUUCAAAACCUCAGAAGAUUCCUGAUUUAACAGAAAUGAAAAGCAAUAUCCUUAAAAAGCAAUAUAUAGGUGUUAUUCAAAGGAUGUACUCUGGUAUCCAGUGUACGUCAUGUGGUACAAGGUUCAUGGCAUCGCAGACAACACUAUACAGGGAACAUUUAGACUGGCACUUCAGACAGAAUCAGAGGGAAAAGAAGGGAGCUAAGAUUUCAAGAUACAGAUCCUGGUUUUAUGAAUUAGCUGAUUGGUUAGAAUAUGAAGAUGUUGGUGAUUCUGAAGAAAGAGCACAUUCAAGCUUGUUUGAACAAUUGGCAGCACAGGCUCAAGAGACACCAGACAAAGAGUCUGCACUACCUCAGGGAGAAGACAUUCUACAUUGUCCUGCAGCUACAGGGGAGGAUUCUGCUGAUGUGUGUGUUGUGUGUGGGGAUGUUUUUGAACAGUUCUUUGAUGAGGAAUCUGAAGAAUGGCAUUUAAAGAAUGCAUUACGGUCUGCUGGCAAGACCUACCACCCAGUGUGUUAUGAGGAUGCUCAAGAAAAUUCUACUCCAAAAGAAGAUCCAGGCGCCAAUCCCAUGAUGUUACAAAUACAGAAGGAACUUGGAAUGAUUCCUGCCGACACUGUUGUCUCGUUCCCCGCAGCUAACGUGAUCUCGGUCUCACAACACGACCAUACGCCCAAAGAUAUUAAUCCUGAUACACCACCUGAACCGGAAGGUGACACUACCACCAAAGAGGAGAUGGCUCCGUCAUGACCCGAGUUGAUAAAACAAAACUAGUCAUUCCUUAUCUGUGAUUCUGUGUGUACUCUUUUAUAGAUAUUGUGAAGAUGUUGAAAAAGAGUUGAAGAAGAGAGAAUGGUUUGAAGUGCUUUCCACGAUUUGAACUAUGAAAUUUCAUUGCUAGGCAAUUUGUAUGAUUUCUUUAUGCAUUCUAUGAAUGGUACAGAAAGUAAAAUUUGUUUGUGAACUUGGAAACAGGAACAACAACACAAUUAAAAGUCACGGCGGAUCACCUGACUUUCUAGCUAGUUCUUUGAAUGGAUCAGGCUGUUAUCUGUGGAAGACAGUUUGGACACCAGGGAUACAGUUUUAAACUAGUUCCAUUUAGCUCUUAAGCAAAGAAUUGAAGGUGUAUGGUGGUCCGAGCGAUACCUUUCAGUGUAAACUAUUAAAGUGAUGACAGCUGGCCUUGAUAUUGGUCAAUUUUCAGUGUAAUAGUCAUAGUAUGAUGUUCUACUGUCUCAGCUCAAAAUAUUGUAUUAUAGUACAUGAUAUUUUUCAUUUUGUUAAUUGCAAAUUUUUGUUUUGAAAGCAUCGAUUGUUAACACUUCAUUUUGAGAUCAGUUUCUGUUGAUUUUGUAAACAAUAUUUAUUUGUUACAAGGGUGUCACAAACUUGUUAUAAAAUUAUACUGGUAAUUCAUGUAAAUGGCUAUGUAAAAGGUUUAUUGUGACUUGAUUGUUUAAAAUGUUGAGAAAACAAAAGUUACAAAAAAAGUAAAAAUAUGAAAGAAAAGUGUAUUCUAAAGGUGGGAUGUUAUUGGCUAUUUGAUUUUUUUGUCAAUUUAAAUACAUACAUUUCAUUGAACCAUUUGCGUGAUCAUUUCCUAUACAUGUUAAAAAUCCAGUAUAUUUUGUGGUUUUGAAGUUGUUUUCCUAAUAUGCACUGAUAUGUGAUAAAAUUGUCCUUACAUUGAAAAGUAAAUGCUUAAAAAUGGCAUAUGAAGUUGCAUUUAAAGGCAAGGUUCACAAGAAUGAGGGAGGUGAUUUGAAAAAUGGUGUAAGGAACACAGAAAAAAAGGAUAUAUACAUUAACAUUCAUUUCUCAUUAUCAUUUUCUCAUUAUCAUUCCAAAAAUAAAGUGCUAUGAAUUAAUUUAUUUGUAUAAAGUUUUGAUUUGUAAAUUAUUAUUGUUGAAUCAGAUAAUAUUCCAGAACUAUUCCUGGAGCAAAUUUACUUCAAGGAAAGAUUCAAAAAAAAUGUACAAAGUAUUUGUCUUGAGUUAGAAUUGUUGUUUCUAGGUACAGAAUUUAUAUUGCUUCUAUUUACAGUGAAAAAAAUAUACUUUUUGGGGCCAAAAGAAUAAGUGUAUGAAAGGGCAUUCUUACCUGAUACUUAACUAUGUUGGGUUAUUUUUGGACAUUAUGCAUUGUUGCAACACUUACAGUACAUGUCAAAUAAAUUUUGUCAUGGUUAAUAAAAUUCUUGUGAUAAGGCUUAUUUGUUGAAAACACUUUUGCUAUAAUUGUUAUGCAUGUUAAAUUGAGUUUGUUCGAAAACAGUUGAAAACUUCAGAACUUUCAUUACGGAAAAAAACCCAUUUGUUAUCAAGCUCGAAAUAAAAUCAUUCAUUUAUCAAGUUCAAAAUAAAAUCAUUCAUUUGAAAAAUUUUGGGUUGCAGAAUGCAUUAUUUAUAAAGGGUAUUUGGGAAGAAAUUCCUAGUAUAUUAUUCAUAAAUUAAUAAAUUCAAGAAAACGUAAAGUUAACAAAGCAUUUCUAACAAAGAGAAAAAAAUGCUAUUGUUGAUAAUUUAUGUCAUAAAAUAAUAUUGGAUUAUUAAAAAAAAAAUGCGUUGAGGCAGAGUUAGCAUUGUUUUGUGUGAAUUAGUAGACUUACAUUUAAAAGUGUUUGGUAUUUAACAAAGUGCAAUAAUGUAAGUAGUUAUUUGAUGAGUUGAUUUUUUACUUUAUUUUUAUACAUGUACUUGCAGUUGAAAACUCAUUUUAAUCAGACAUUAGCAAUUGUCACAAUAAUUCAUUAUUUUUCACAAAUUCAGAGUUUAUUUUUUCAUGUAUUUUUUCCAUUGUAUGAAUGUAGGAUGAAUGUGAAUUAUUUUAAGAUACUUAUUGUUUUUGUUUUAAACUGAAUUCUUAAAAUCAGCAAAUUGUAUUCGGAUGGUUGAAACAUUGACAAAGAUAAUUGUUUUUGAAAAAUCUUCUAUUUAUUGGCAGAGGAAAUUUAUAUUUAUGAACCAGUACAAAUUUGGUUUCGAAUUCUAUUUAUUUUCUGGUUCUUCUUUUAACACUUUUUCACUGAAAAAAUGAAUUUAAUCAAAAAGUAGAUAAAUGACUCAAAUCAACACUAAAAUUAUUAUUGAUUAAAAUAAUCUAUAAAAAAAACUUUUUGUAUGAUAUGAAAAUUCUUGUGGAUAAUUUCUUUAUAGAUUUUAAGAUUUAUUCAUUAUAAAGAUAAAACUAAGUUUUCAUUAGUUGAUUUAUUCAUUAUAAAGAUAAAACUAAGCUUUAAUCAGUUAAGGAUAGAAACAAGGUAUUUAAGGUAAAUUGUUGUUUUAAAUGAUGAGUUUGAAAGUGUUAGUUAUUUUAUUGUUGUGUUGAAUGGAAGAUUGAAUAUAUAUGCUGUGAAUGAAAAGUUUGUAUGUCUGAAUGUUGAUAUAUUUUUUACAAUCUUAUCCUACAAAGGAGGCAAUAAAAGGAUAUAAAAUUGA